UUCAAGCACUGCCUCCCAGGGGGAAAGAAGUCCCAGCACUUUUUUUUCAAUUCUACAAGCACUCAGCUCAAGAACCUGCCUGCCUACCUGAGGGAGGUAUGGAAGGAGAUGGGUCUGCCUGAAACUCCUACCUUCACUGACCUGCGGACCUCCAUUGUCACUCAUGUCAAAAACAUGCUCCCGAAGGCUGACAGGGAAAGGGUGGCCAACUUCAUGUGCCACGACAUCCAGACCGCAGAUACAUUUUAUGCCAUCAAUUUAAAUCCGUCCCAAGCCAGUGAAACCAGGGCACUCUUCGAGGCAGCAUUAAAGGAAGAAGAUACCUCUGUCACCACCGAGAACCAGGCCUCCACCUCUUCAAAAAGAAAGCGGAAGGCAAGAGAGGAGGACUCCCUCUCCGAGGGGAGCACCACCCCCGAAGAGAUCAAGGUGAUGUACCAGGAGUCUGGCCCGUCCUCCAGGGACUCGGAGGAGGAAGAGGUCGAGGAUGAGGAACGGACGGCCAGACAACCUGUGACACCCUCCAAGUUGACCAUGCCUGAGCUGGAGCAGUACCAUACCCCGAGCAAGAAGCAGCUCAUCCUCAGGCGCCGCAUGGUGGUCGCCGUCAGCCCCCUGCUAGUCUCACCCAUCAAAUUGAAGAGUAAGUCGCCCCUCACCUCCCCCAUUGUCACGAUGCAAGGUAUGCAGCAGCUGAAUUCAAAUGAAGACCGACUCAAAAAAGCCAUUGCCUCAAGGAGGAGGAAGCUGGAUGAGAAGGUGCACAAGGAAAGAGGGGAGACCUCUGUCAGCCAGAAGGAAGGGGAGCCGACCCACUUCAAGACUCAACAAGGGGAGGAAGGAAACAGCAGCACCUCUUACGAAGACUCUUAAAGACUCUCACAUUUACACUGUUCUGAUUUUGUGUUGUGUGGUUUUCUAUUUAGUGUGCUUGU